AACAAUAUAUACUUCAAUUCCAUCUCUCUCUCUCUCUCUCUCUCUCUCUCUCAUCUUCUUGAAUUAGGCAAUUGGUCCGUGAAGCUAAGAAAUAAGAAUGACUAGGAAGUGCUCCAGUUGUGGGAAGACAGGCCACAAUUCCAGGACAUGUAACAACAAUAAUGAGCAAAGAACAAGUAGCCAUGGUGGCUCCAUGAAGCUCUUUGGGGUGAAACUUAUUGGAUCUCAUCAGAAUUAUUCAUCGUCGUCAUCGUAUUCUUUUGUCAUGAAAAAGAGCUUUAGCGACGACUGCCUUCCCGCAGCUUCCUAUUCAUUCGCAGACAGCUCCUUUGGAUCUUCUGGGUUUUUAUUCGACGAAAAUUUUGACGGUAAGGUGCCCGGCUGUGGGUAUAUCUCCGACGGCCUCGUCUGCGGCAACUUGCCGGAAAAGAAAAGGGGAGUUCCAUGGAGUGAGGAGGAACAUCGGAUAUUCCUAGUUGGUCUAGAGAAACUUGGGAGAGGUGACUGGAGAGGCAUUUCCAGACAUUUUGUGACGACAAGAACUCCCACCCAAAUCGCCAGCCACGCCCAGAAGUAUUUUCUUCGUCACAAUAGCCUCCACUCCACGAAGAGAAGACGCAGCCUCUUCGAUUUGGCAUGGAAGGCUGAUGAGUGUAGGGUUUUAUGUGGGAAAAUGGCAAAAUCAACAAGUUCUUCCAUUAUAGAUUUCAGCAGCACUGCUACAUCAUCUGCAAUUGCAUUAUCAUCACCUAGACAAGACUCAAAAUCAAGUCAAUAUUCUAAUAUUAUUUCAGCAUCAAGUUUGAGUUCUAAUAUGAAUAUUGGUGUUCAUCAAAGCCCAUCACCACCACCUUCACCAGAUCUAGAGCUUACUCUUGGAGGAACUAUUUCUGUUGUUUGAUCCAGACUCAACAUAUAUGAUGUAUUCAUCACUAAGAAUAUAUAUAUAUAUGCAAGUUAGUUCAGAAUUUACUCCAACAUAUAGCACCCCAAAAAAAGAAUUUACUCCAAUA